CAGCUUUGCUCAGUUUUAUUCGAGCAGUCACCUUGCCAGGAACACUUUGCGUUGAAAGCAGAUCAACGAUUUUAGAACGUGUGUGUUAUGUUCAUAACAAAGACAACAGUUGAUUGUGUUGGAUAUAUUUGAUGAAGGAGAGAGCACGAAGGAUUAUAGGAAAUAUAACGGCAGCAAUCAGAGUAUUUACAAGAUAAAGGACUCGAAAUGCAAUGGAUGUUUAAUAGAAUCUUGAAGAAACAAAUAUUUAAUCGAUGAAGAAAAAUCAAGUGACGUGGGAUUAAGAACAUUAAACUAUAAUAGAAGUAAGGAAUAUAAAGUGACAGUGUUAAUAAGGAGGAUAAAGUGAUAGUGAAGAAAAAUUAGUAUAAUAUGAGAACUGAAUGUAAAUAAGAAAGUAACAUAAUAAGGAUGAACAAACAAGUAGUAGUUUGAACGAACAGAAUAAAAUUAAAUAAGUCGUAAACAACUACAGGAAAGGUUAAUAAGAGUGGCUUCAUAAAUGACAAUGGAGUGGGUUGAACUACGCGAAGGUAACAGGCCAUUAGAAGGUAAACCGGAUAAAUAAACAAUUUUACAUAGGGAACAUUUUACCAGCAAAGCAUAACAACUAUGCACUAAGAAAAAAAAGAAAUAUGUACAAUAUAACAACGUCCAUAAUCCCUUUGGUGACUUUGACAGUUGUGAAUAAUGAUACAGAAAAUUUUGAUAACAAGACGUUUAGCAACAGCGGUACCUAUCAAGGCUAUCGAGAGCCCACGGAGAUCAUGAAGCUAAUAUUGAUAGUUUUCGGAUUUUUAGCAAAUGUUUUCUCAAUAUUAGCUACUUUAAACGUUCCUCGCGAGCGAUGGUCACCGUAUAACACUCUAAUAAUCAACUUGGGAGUGUCUGAUAUCAUGGUGAUACUCUCCUGUGUUCUUCAUGAUAUAUUCAUGUUUAACAAUCAAUUUCACCCUUGCACGCCUGUUCUGAGACGGAUGUUCCUCAAUAUUGCGCUGACGUCAACAUUGUUCAACCUUGUGUUGAUGGCUGUAGACCAUUACGUCGCCAUCAUGCAGGCCUUGUAUUACGAUCGCUUCUUCUCCAAGCGGAAAGUGAGAUUCAUCAUUGCAACUUUGUGGGCGAUAAGUAUUUUCUGCGGAGUGUUGGAUUUAUUUGUAAGUUUACCUAGCUUUCGGAAAGAAGAAACAACAUUUUGUGAUCAUGUUAAUACUGUGAAUAGAACAACAUUUAACUACGAAUUUGUCAUUGUCAUAUUCAUUUUUGUCGUAUUGGUCGGACUUUUGAUAAUCUACACACGGAUCUGCUAUCAAGUGAGGAAACUCGUUCGUGAUGACCGCCAUAAUCGGCUACAAAGUUCCCAUUCAAUGAAAGCAAUUGUCACAACAUUCCUAAUAAUUGGAACAUUUGCACUUUGUUGGUGCCCAAUAGGAUUAUACCACACCGUACUGUACAUAUUACGACCCGAUUUUUCCAAAAUGACUACAGCUGCUAUCGACAAAUUGCUCUUAGUUAACGCCAUUCUGUUCCUGUUAGUCAUAUUGAACACACUCUGCGACCCUGUUAUCUACGCCUUGAGAAGGUCCGAAGUGAAACUUGGCUAUAUCCGAGUUUACAAUAGACUUCUAAGAAAGAGAAGGAGUUCUUCAUUUUAUGAAAACGAAAUGCACUCACAGUUCAGACGCAGAAAUGAUUCGCGUGAUACUGAGAGUGCCGACUAUACGAUUGUUACAAGUCUGAGUAUCACCGACAAGACUAAGUCGACAUGUACUUCAAUUUGCACGUCGCCUACUGACAGGAGUGUGCAAUCCAAAUUUGGGUUUGAAAGGGACAAUUGAUCAGAUUGUUAACAGAUGGCAAUACUAUUCUUUACUUGUUAAAAUAAAGUUUACUGAAUCAUAGUAAUAUUAUGAAAACCUAUCACAAUAUGUGUCAAAUGACGUAAUUACCAUUAUGUCAUAUUUACAUUGAAAUAUAUUAAAAAAGUAAUGAGGAGUAUUUGGGGGGCAUAUGUGAAACUGUAAUAACAGGUAACACAAAGAACGGAAAAAAACAUUAUCAUGUCCAUGUUUAGUAUGUUUAAACCUGUGGGUCAUUUAUUUGGUGGUUAUGUGCAUGUACUGACCGAAACUAUACCAUUAUGUGUUAUAUCUGUUUUUCGAAGAAAAGCGACAAGGCAUAGUUAUAGUCUUAGUGUCGUUGUCGACGAUGGCCUACCCAUCGGGUUGGUAGUUAACGGCAUCCAAAACAUCUUAAUUGAUCUUUAAUAUAAUUUUGCAAGAAAUUCAAAUUAAUAUUUGUACAAUUUAAACACACAUGCACAGCGGAAACUAAAACUCUUGUUUUAAUUAAUGUCGAGAAAUGUCCUUUCCUCCACGUUAAAGAGGAUUGUUCGCGUUUGCUAAGCAUUUUCUCUUCUUAACUAUUACAUAGCAAUUAUUAUCUAACCAAGAAGUUGAUAAAUGUGUGAGGAAGGUUUCUGACUGAUUUAAAAAUAUACUUAAGCUGACAUUGACGGUUAUUUAAUUUAAUUAUUACAGUGCCAAACUUGUGAAAGAUUACACAAUUUACACCCUUAGUCAUUGGUCAAAUAAGGUUUUACUGCUGAACAGACCGGUGUUGCUAAAAAUGUUGUGGCGCUUAUAUAAUUAUUGUUAGUGUGUUAUCAUGAUUUGCAAAAGAAGUACUAAACCUCAUAGUCUUUUACUUCUGAUCAUUUUUAGACUAUAGAAAAUAACUUAUACUGCUUUGUGUGUUAAAAUAGAGCAUUACUUAUUUCAAACCCAACACCUAAAUGUGUGUUAAUGAUACUUGCUAAAUUUGAUAUAUCUUUAUGAAAUUAUUAUUUUAAUCACACAUACAAAUGCAUUUAAUUAAAAACUUUUAAAACCGACAAUAAAAAGCACACCAAACACCUUACACACCAAACACGUCGCUACAAUUAAAUGUUUCACAUAUAGAAAACAGCUGUAUCUUGGAAUAAUUGAAAAUUAUGUUUUUUUCGAACAUUAUAUUGUCUUGCUUUCGGAACUUACUUUUUGAAAAAGAUACUUUUAUUAAUUUAUCAGCGAUAUUUUUAAUAUCAAAUACAUAUUCCAGCAAAAUGCUUUGCACUUGAUGUUACUGUUGCUUAUAUCUACAUAUUGCAACGGGAAAUGUUGUAUAUUCUGAACCUAAAAACAUAAACUGAUGGACCAUUGCAAAUGGAGAAUCUAUACAAAGCUUAUGAUAAAAUCAAUAAUAUUAUGUGCCGUUAAAGCAGAAUGUACUCGGUAAUUAUUUGUUAUACAAUUUCACGAAAAAACAGAUGUUCUAAAUCACUAAUUUUAAUUGCGAGUUUAUGCUUAAACAAUAUUACUGUUAAACUAUUUGUGUAGACCGUGACUCAAAAUUAAAAAUAUAAUGCAUUCUGCAUAAUCUUAUAUAUUUCCUGCUUUUAUUUAACUAUUGUAUUUUCCACAAUACAUAUCGAAAAAAAAAUGUUUACAAUUUUUUCACGUCGCAAUUUAUCGAAAGAACAGGCAUACAGUAAUUUUAAAUAUAUUGAGAAAUACAAUCUUGACCUUGCCUUAUUUUUUCGGCCUGCUUUGGAAUUUCUCUAUAUGGUAAUGUUGUAGCCCUUUUAUAAUUAUUAUUAGCAUGUUUUCAUGAUUUGCAAAAGAAGUACUAAACCUAAUAGUCUUUUACUUCUGACCAUUGUUAGACGAUAGUUAUAGAAACUAUAUAAUUAUUGACUGAUUUGACUGCAACGUUAUACUGAACUAUUCAACUUGAUGAGUUUAAUAAUAUAGUGUGGAGUUAUGUAACUCUACAAAAAAGUUACAAUAUGAUAGGCAAUCAAUCGUGAGCGAUAUAGUUUGUUUAUACAAAUAGGAUAUAGAAUACGGUACCAUACAGCGUAAAUUUUGUCACGAAGGUGGGACAAUACACGCUCAAGUUAGCGAGUGGACAGAAAUGUAUUUUGUCAAACUUUCACUCCUGUUGGAACAGUAGAAUCUACCUGUAUAUCAAAUAUUGUGGAGUUAGUUUGCUCAAAGCACACUGUUAACAAGUUUGGUAAAGAUUGAAUCACACUUGCGCAAGAAAGGGAGCGGCCUAGGUUAGUUAAGUCCUAUUGUUAUAUUUCAAAGGCCAUUAUUUCAAAAUGAGUAGGGUAAACGGUCUGACAUGUUUCUGGUAUAUUAUGCAGAUUAGCAUUCUCACUAUGUUUCGUAAAUAUAUGAACACGAUAGGGAGAGGAAAAGGUAAAUGAAGCAAUGUUUUACAAUGUAAGGAUUAUAACUCUAUUGCGAAUAGUGUGAUAUCUGGAUGUUAAUCAAAUUUGGAUCAGAUGGUUUUCCCACAAACUUUUGAUCAAGAGUGGAUAUUAAUGAUAUUAGCAAGUAGGAGAAGAGCCCAUAAAGGAAAUUUGGUCACAUUUAGGCAUGCCAGAGGCCAUAACUCUACAAUGCAGUAGCGGGAUCUGAUUGUCGAUGUCACUAUGCCAUUAUAUUUCGACAAUUAGCAUUAUAAAUGUAUAUGGUAAAUAUUGAAUUAAACAUGCUAACCAUAAUAGAAAGCGGAUUUCAAAGUGUAAUACCGCUGUCUGCUGUGUUGCAUGCACAUUGCAGGAAAUGACAGUAUAUACCCAACAAGACGAAACACAGCAAAUCCAAACAAAAAAGAAAUAAGGAAUUUGCAUGUCAUUAUUUCAAUUUAUAAACCACAAAAACGAAUGCCACAAGUGUCAAUUAUACGAAGAAAAAAUACAACGAAGAAACUGUUUAAUCAGGUUGUGAAGGACACCAUUCAAUUAAUAGCUUUCUGGUUUAGGUGAAUAUAGUUAUACCUUAUCUGAACGAUACUUAGUAUGAAGCCUACAUAUGACAUGAUGUCAAUUAUAUGUAUAUGUGAUAAUUAUAAAUGCCGUGAACUACAAAACAUGGUGUCUCAUUUGUUUAUUCAUUUCCAAUGCAACAAGUGAUCUGAAUGCGCGUGCUUUGCUGUUACAUAGCUCAUCGCGUGCUGGUACUUUUUGUAUUCGAACGUCGUGUCGUUAUGGAACUAAAUGCAUUUAUAGCCAGAGCAUAUGUCUAGGACGUGUAGGUAAACUACCUUGAUCAACCCCUGUUUUAGCAAUGAUAAUUAUAGGAUGAAAUUUAACACAUCAAGGUAUAAGGCAGAGCAGUAUAAUAAUCAUUGAUUGUUUUUAGAUAAGAUUAAACUAGUAAACGCGUUCGUGGCGUGCGUAGUACUUCAGCUUAUCGUCAGCAAAUUUAAUAUCGAUUAUGUAUUUUAAAUCAUUGAUUUUCAAUACGUAGAUGUAUACAAAUGUAUAUAUAAGUGACGACCAAAAUCGUAUUUGUUUUACGCAAUUUCCCACGUUAAAGUGUGUUAUACACAUCUUACCUUGAUAUUCUGAUUGUAGAACAUAUCAAGUAUUUCAUAUAUGAAAUAGUGUUCUAAUAAACCUGA